AUGGCCCCAAGGUCAGGGAAAAGGAAAUCAAAUAAAGCUAAGGCAGAGAAGAAGAAAAAGGAAGAGAAAGCAUCAGCGCCGACUCUUGUAGACAUCACUGUGUUCACUCCGUAUGAUUCACUGAUUGUCUUGAAGGGUACCUCUACUGAUAAGAUACUUGAUGUAAGAAGGUUAUUGGCUGUGAAGGCAGAGACAUGCCAUUUUACAAAUUAUUCUUUGUCUCAUGAGGCCAAAGGUCAGAGAUUAAAUGACAGAGUGGAAGUUGUUACCCUAAAGCCAUGUCUUCUAAGAAUGGUUGAAGGUAGGUGA